UAUACUGGUAAGUAUACUUGACGUGCUAUUGUGGAUGCGUAAUUGUGAAUUGUGAAUUGUGAAUUUGUGAUGUCGUCUUGUCGACAGUCGACUGCACUGCGUGAAAUAGCCGCUAGGAGGAGGCUCUUUCGAUCGUUGGACUCGUGAUGACGGAUACCAAGGUGAAAAUUGCUGCGCCAACGCCAGCUACAACCUCCAAGGGAGUUGCUGGUGAUAAGAAAGUUGGCAAACCAAGAAACUAUGACUUGGGAAAUGGAGUUUACAGGUUUAGCCGCAGCCGUAUGUAUCACAAGAAGGCGGUCUAUAAGUUUGUAGGCAAAAAGACACCUAAAAAGGAAGUCCCCAAGAAACUUGUUAGUAUUGAAAAAAAAAUUGGUGGAGAGAAAAAUGGGGGUACUAGGAUUGUACUAUUGAAGAAAAGGAAAGCAAAUUACCCUACUUCAGACUCCAUCUUACCUCAUCCAGCUAAGAAGGCCUUUAAAGAUCAUAGUCGGUAUCUGAGACAAACUCUUGUACCUGGAACAAUCCUUAUUCUAUUGGCUGGUCCACACAAAGGAAAGCGUGUGGUAUUCCUGAAGCAGCUCAAGAGUGGUUUACUUCUUGUUACUGGACCUUUUCUCAUCAAUGCAUGCCCACUGAGAAGAAUAAAUCAAAUAUACGUCAUUGCCACGAGCACCAGAAUUGACAUGUCUGGUGUGAAGCUUCCCGAACAUAUCAAUGACCAAUACUUCAAGAGGAAACGCGACAAGCGUGCCAAGAAGGAAGAAGGUGACAUUUUUGCCAAGAAGCAGGAGAAAUACCAGCCAAGUGAACAAAAGAAGUCAGACCAGAAGAUCAUUGACCAGCUUGUUGUUGAGGCCAUCAAGAAAAACACAGACAAGAAAGCACUCUUUGCUUAUCUUGCAUCCAUGUUUGGACUGCGUAGCAGUCAGUAUCCACACCGAAUGAAGUUCUAGCUCGAUCAUGCUUUACAUUCUUAUUCGUAAGAUCGUGGUAUUAAUAAAAAAAAUUUAUAAAAUUC